UUACCGCUUCGCUCCUCGGACACCGUAGGAGCGAAGGUGACAGGCAGCGCAAUGCCGGCAGCUGCGUCUCUUUGGCCGAGCCCCGUGUUGGCCCGGAGCCCCGGGGGCCCGGAACUUCCGGCCCCUUUGCUCCGGGACGAGCUGAGCCUGUACGGGGCCCCGCGGCCGGAGCCCCCGCGCGUGGAGCCCGCAGCAGGUGACCUGGAGCAGCGGGUCGCCGCGGUCCGGAGGUUAACGGAGCCGUACGCCGGGUGGUGCCGGGCCACCUAUGACGUCAUCGAACCCAAGGUUCAGAGCGCCGUCGGGUGCGCGCGCGACACCUGCGGCUACCUGAGGGACCCGCCGAAGGACUUCUACCCGCGGGCGGGAGUCAUCUGCUUCACCGGCGUCCUGGGGCUGCUGCUCGCCAGACGCUCCCGGGCGAAGAGGCUCGUGUACCCGGCGGGCCUGGUGAGCGCGACCGCCGCCAUGUACUACCCGGAGCGCGCGGCCGCCGCGGACUGCGGGUACGACCGGGCGGUGCGCAGCUCCGCCGCCCUGGAGAAGAUGGCGAAGCCCCAGAGAAAAGGCUCCGACUCCGGGGAAUGAAGCCCGAGGAGAGGAACUUCCGCAACCACCAAAUGAAACGCGCUUUGUUGCUCCGCUGCGGCGGGUUGACGCCUGUGACGUCAUCACGCCCACGCUCUUGCACUAAGGAUGGAUGUAAGUCAGGCCGGGCACAAGGGCCUGGAGAUUUUGACCUGAAUGUAUAUUUAUAUAGAGAAUUAAUUAUAAAUAAAAGUUUUCUUUGACUUA